AGUGUCUGCUGGCGUUUUGACGGAUGUCUGCCACACAAGUAUCACUAUGGAGACAAGUAUUAUCAUUAUGUCCUUACUUGAAAAACUCGAAAUCGUAUUGCUAUGGCAUCGUCUACACAGAAAAUACUGUAUUUAUAGAUGUAUUGAUUUUUUUUACAAUUUUCAUUUUAAAAUGAUAGUCCAAAUAGUGCGUGCGGUGACAUCAAACUAGUUCGCUGUGCCGUACAUAUACAGGUCAUAGGGAUUACUUUUAGGUGGAAAAAUUGGAUACUAACCCAACAUUUUUCUUUCUUUAAAUUCCACCAUGUAACAGGAUCUGAAGGUCAUGUCUUGGUGUGAGCGGAAGUCCGUCACGGUUUAUAUUGUAGCUGUAACAGCAUCUCAAUACAUUUAGAAUAAUAUCAAGGCCCACUUGACAAAUAAAAAUGCAAUCCUUCCCCUAACUGUUGGAAUUGUUUUACAGACCAGUUUGCGAAGACAUCCUUCAAGCGGAGUGCGGUUUGGAUUCGGCCGCUACGCUCAAUGAUCUCAUGUGUUAUGAAAUCACAAGCCAGUUCAGUCCGUGCCGGGAUGAUGACAGCUCUGAAGUAUUCCAUGACAGCGAGGCUUGUGAUGGCAGGGUGGACUGCUCAACGGGGAAAGAUGAGGCAAACUGUGAGGGAUGCGCAAUGGAAUGCUUCACUGGUUUAGAUGACCCGUGUAUUCCGCAUGGCUGGAUUUGUGACGAUAUCGAAGACUGUAUGGACGGGAAGGACGAACAACGUUGUCUCUAUGGCGUAUCAAAAGACUGCUUUUUCUCCUGCUUCAACAACUUCACCUGUCUACCAACACUAGAACUGGGGGAUGGCCACCGGGAUUGUGAAUUCGGAGAGGACGAAAUUCCUAAUUACAUUGAAGAGUCUCUGCGCGACCAUUGGGGCUUCUGCAGUUACAACUGUACGUCAGUCUACGGCAACGCGUUGUGCGUUCCUGACGCGUUCAGGUGCGACGGUGACGCGGACUGCUUGGAGGGAGAGGAUGAGCAGAUGUGCAGUGGCUACACUACUUUUCAGUCCUAUGAAGCUACCGAGAACAAUCCAGUUUCCCGCUACCGCUAA